CCCAGAGAGAGAAUGAGACAGAUAAAAUGUUAGGUUAAGGGAAACAAAUGACAGAAACUUUCUUUCUUUCUUUUUUUUUUGGGUAGGUACAAACGACGGAAACUUAUGGAAGAUUAUAAGUUGAUGGUCUUGGCCUUUUUGUUUAUGUGUGUACUUUCAAAUAUUAUAUAAAGUCCCAACACCAGCAUCAACAUCAAUACCUUAUAUUCCUUCGAUUAUCCAUUCCAUUAGUGUAUUUCUAAAAUUUUUGUGGCAACUCAAGUAACUGGCGACACCGACGUUUAUUCUUCAUUCAUUCACUGAUGGAAGUGCAAAAUUCAGAACAUCCACAUAUAAUUGAGGUAUCUAGAGAUGCGUCAGCCGUAGAAGGACACCUUGCUGGGAGUAAGUUUUGUGGAACAGCACCAUGUUGGUUUUCUGAUGCAAAGACUUCUUCCAAAGAAGCAAAGGAGCGUUCUGCAUCCACAUGGAAACUUUUGAUAGCAGUUGUGCUCUGCAUCAUCUUUAUGAGUGUAGAAGUUGUUGGAGGUAUUAAAGCCAACAGUCUUGCUAUAUUAACUGAUGCAGCUCAUCUCUUGUCAGAUGUUGCAGCAUUUGCCAUUUCACUGUUCUCGCUAUGGGCAUCAGGAUGGGAGGCAAAUCCACGUCAGUCUUAUGGUUUCUUCAGAAUUGAGAUACUCGGUGCUCUGGUUUCAAUCCAAUUGAUAUGGCUUCUUACUGGAAUCAUUGUAUACGAAGCCAUUGCUAGACUUAUUUAUGAGACCGGUGAAGUUAAAGGAUUUCUUAUGUUUGUUGUUUCCGCAUUUGGUUUAGUUGUUAAUAUAGCCAUGGCAAUCUUGCUGGGUCAUGAUCAUGGACACGGUCACGGGCAAGGACACAGUCAUGGCCAUGGUCACAGACAUGGACAUGGUGGAGAUGAUCAUAGGCAUGAAGAUCAUGAUCCUACACAUAAAGGGCAUAAGGAGACACUUGGCAUUGGACUAGGUAUAGGUACACAUGAUCAUAAUGUGGAAGCAGAUCACACCAAGCCUUUGCUUAGCACUAGUAAUUCUGAAGGUAAGAAGAAACUGAAGGGUGGACCAAAACAGAAGAAGCAACGAAACAUCAAUGUACAAGGGGCUUACCUUCAUGUACUUGGGGAUUCCAUUCAGAGUGUUGGUGUAAUGAUUGGUGGGGCAAUCAUAUGGUACAAGCCUGAGUGGAAGAUUAUUGAUUUGAUAUGCACCCUCAUAUUCUCAGCUAUUGUGUUGAGCACAACAAUUAGAAUGUUACGAAACAUUUUGGAUGUUCUGAUGGAGAGCACGCCUAGAGAGAUUGAUGCCACUAGACUUGAGAAGGGGCUGUGUGAGAUGGAUGAGGUUGUUGCCAUCCAUGAAUUGCACAUUUGGGCAAUAACAGUUGGGAAAGUGUUACUGGCGUGCCAUGUCAAAAUAAAGCCUGAUGCUGAUGCUGACUUGGUUCUAGACAAGGUUAUUGAGUAUAUUAGGCGAGAAUACAACAUCAGCCAUGUGACUAUUCAGAUAGAGCGUCAGUAGGCAGUAUUUCCUGGGAGAGAUGACUGGGUAUAUGGAGGUAUUUUGCUUGGUGCGCUGGGUGUCAGUUUGAACUUUUACAAUUCUUUUACUCAGUUUAAUGAUCAAUUCAACUAUGUAUUUGGCUGGUUUAUUUUCCUAUAGUAUACAUAAAGGUUGGGUUGACUGUUGAGGGAUAAUUUUCUUAUGCGUUGCAUCAAUUAUUGCUUUCUUCAGUCUACCUUUUUUCUGUUA